AUUCCUGUAGAACCAAGCCCGCUGGCACUUCUUUACACUUAAUGAUAAAAUCAGUGCUUGUUCCAGAUCCUUAAGGUUCAGGCUUUAAUCAACCACUAACCAUCACACCAAUCAUAUUACCAACCAUCUGGACUAAGGUAGUGAUAACCAUUUACCCGCAUUACGCUUCUAAAUGUCUUCAGGUCGCAUCAAGGUGGUGGUCGACACCGACAUCGGCACGGAUCCUGAUGACGGGCUGGCACUUGCUUAUCUAGCUCUACACUCAGCCUGCGACCUACUCGGUAUCACCAUUGUCACUGGCGAUGUCCAAAAGCGCGCAGCUGUGGCAGAAAUCUUACUUCGCACAUGCGGACGAAGUGAUGUGCCCAUUCAUCUCGGACGGCGCGAGCCUUUGCUCAAAGGUGCUGGUCAACCUCUUGUUCAACAAUACGACUUCAUCGAAAACAUCCAUCACAAAAUAGCACGUCCGGAGAAUACAGCCGUCCAUUUUCUACAAAGCACAAUCCGCAACAAUCCAGGUGAGGUCGUGUUACUCACCAUAGGCCCAAUGAGCAAUGUGGGCACGCUGUUCGCUCUUGACCCUGAACUCCCAACCCUGUGCAGGGACAUUGUCAGCAUGUGCGGCAAGUAUUUCGGACCUGAAAAGCAUAAGAAGGAAUGGAACAUGCUCGUGGACGAGACGGCUGCAGGCAUAAUGUUAAAUACCCCACGUCCACGACACAGAUUCGUUGGCCUCGACGUCACGCGACCCUGCACGUUGCAAUCUGCUGAUGUGGAAGACCGUCUGUUCCGAGACCUAGGUCCGCUAGGCACCUUAUUUCGUGAAUCUGGGGAUUGGUGGCUUCGGAAGAAGGGCCGUUUUACAUUUCAUGAUCCUUUGGCGGCUGCUAUGAUAUUUCACCCCGAGAUAUGCCAAUGGAAGAAGGGACGCGUUUCGCUAGACUCGGGAAACGGAGCCACGAGCUUCGAAGAGGGAGAUAAAGCGUCCGACUUGGUGGCUGUUGAAGUUGAUCCCGAAGCUUUCUUCUCUCAUUACUUUGCAGUGGUCAAGAAGCAAGAAGCAUGAAUAUGAUGAUACCUUGUAGUAAUGGGACGCAAGUUAGCAAAACUUG